GGGGGCAGGAAGGUGCCUUGGUCCUCCCUCACAGGUAACUGAGUAACUACAUAUUUGCCUAGCUACUGUGGUGAUCAUAUAAGAUCAACUAUAUACGACAAGGACUGCAUUUGUAUGUGUUUGAUUAAAGGGGGAGAAUCUGCCAGGAAAGUUCCUCGCUGAUUCUUGCUCCUCAACACGACGAGAUUGAUCAUUUUUUUUUUUCGUGAACUUUUGAAUCGAACUGAAACUGUGAGAUAUUAGGAUAGCUCUACUCUAUAAAAAGGCCAGAGGAGGUAAUGAGGUUCAUGUGCACAAGAGGAGCGAGGUUGAGGAGGAAUUGAGAGGCUAAGUGAGAAUGAGAUUGUUUGGAGAAAUGGAGAUAGAAGAAGCUGGCAGCUAUGAUCAGGCACUGCCUCUGCUCUCCUUGAAUCAUGUUUCUUUGUUGUGCAGAUCUGUGUGGGACUCGGUGCGGUUCUAUGAAGAUGUGUUGGGCUUUUGCCUCAUCAGGCGCCCUUCUUCUUUUGAUUUCAAUGGAGCUUGGUUGUUCAAUUACGGCUUUGGGAUACACUUGUUGGAGAACCCAUCCGAUGAUGACUCGUGCACUAUCAAUCAAUCGAGACCCAUUAAUCCGAAGGACAACCACAUCUCCUUCCAAUGCACUGAUGUUGAGCUUGUGAAGAAGAGGCUGCGAGAAAUGGGGAUCAAGUAUGUGACGGCGGUAGUGGAGGACGAAGGAAUCACGGUGGAUCAGGUGUUCUUCCAUGACCCAGAUGGUUAUAUGAUCGAGCUUUGCAACUGCGAAAACAUCCCAGUCAUUCCCAUCUCGUCCAGCGCAUUCAAGCCCAGGACGGGGACAAGUUUUACGAGGAUAGCAUAUAACAAAUGUGGGUUCAUGGAGACUCUGAUGAUGGAGAGCUUGAGCGUGGAUAUGUUGAACUUCUCAUUUUAGGUUGUGAGAAAGGCUGAAUGGAAUGAGCUACGGUAAUUCUGUUCAAAAGAAUGGUGCUGUCCUCAACAAAAAGGCACUGUGCCGUUUGUUUCCUGCAGGAUUUUAAAAUUUUGCUUGUUUUUAAGCAUAUUAUUUGCCUGUAAAGGAAGUGUACUGUUUGGAUGGGGAGCCUGUGCUGUCAUUGUGGUUUUUUACAUCGAAUGAGAUGUAUCAAUCUAUGCGUUCUAUGCCCUGAAGGUAUGGGAAAUGAUGAAUAAAAUUCCAUGCAGUUUUGACU